AUGGUUCGUAACUAUAGCAUGUUCGACAAAAUAUUUUGGACUUUCCCGUCAUGUGUUAAGACUUUCAAGCAUUUUAAGCCGUUUGUUUCUGUCGAUGGCACACAUUUGUAUGGAAAAUAUGGCGGUGUGUUGCUUAUUGCAGUGGUACAAGACGGCAAUAGUAAUAUUCUUCCUAUUGCUUUUGCAAUUGUAGAGUCUGAGAGUAUGGAGUCAUGGUCUUUCUUCCUGACUAAUUUGAGACGACAUAUCACCUCACAAGAAGGCUUGUUGAUUAUAUUUGAUAGAUUUCAGGCGAUCAAGGCUAUACUGAGGGCCGAUGAUAGUGGUUGGCAUCCUCUCAGGGCGUUUCAUGCUUAUUGUGUUAGACACUUGGCCAUAAAUUUCAUGUCUCAUUUCCAGUCCGCCGAGGGCAAGCGAUACCUCAUAAACGCUACUUAUAGUCCAAGCAAGGUUGGGUACGAGUGGUACAUAGAUGCAUUGAGAGGUUUGUCGCGAGAGAUGGCGGACUGGGCUGGUACGUUCAACAAAGAAAUAUGGCUACAACAUUACGGCAGUGGUUGCCGAUUCGGUCACAUGACAACGAAUUUUUCGGAGUGUAUCAAUGCAAUGCUUGAGGGUAGAAGAGAGGAAAAAGUGGUCGAAAGGUUGGAAAUGGAGCGCGAAACGUUGCUGUCAACGAUAUUAUAA